GGGCCGAAGUGACCGGGGCAGUGGACAGGGAGACUCACUCUAUCCAGUCGGGUACUUGGACAAGCAAGUGCCUGAUACCAGCGUGCAAGAGACAGACCGGAUCCUGGUGGAGAAGGUACAGAGCGCUGCUGGGACAUCGCCCUGGGUCCCCUCAAGCAGAUUCCUAUGAACCUCUUCAUCAUGUACAUGGCUGGCAAUACCAUCUCCAUCUUCCCUACUAUGAUGGUGUGUAUGAUGGCCUGGCGACCUAUUCAAGCACUUAUGGCUAUUUCAGCCACUUUCAAGAUGCUGGAGAGUUCAAGCCAGAAAUUUCUUCAAGGUUUGGUCUAUCUCAUUGGGAACCUCAUGGGUUUGGCAUUAGCUGUUUACAAGUGCCAGUCCAUGGGAUUAUUGCCUACACAUGCAUCAGAUUGGCUGGCCUUUAUUGAACCCCCUGAGAGGAUGGAGUUCAGUGGUGGAGGGUUACUUUUGUGAACUUGAGGAAGCAGCACCUGAUGUCCAUGUCUUGGGCCUGGUUUGCAUGGCCUCCUUUGCACUCUGAGCUCACAGCUCCAAAGUAUCCUCACCUAAAAUAAUCACGCAUGUUGAGGAGAACCAGAAAUGGUGAGAAAUUCUACAAGGACAGCGUGCAGCAUGUUACGGCAGAAAAGAAACUACAGCACAACUUCUGACUGAAAAUAAUGUAGAAAACUUUAUUUAUGUUCCCAGCACAGAGCAAAACAAACAAAACCAGACUCUUUGUAAACAAAACAAUAGCAGCUGCUGAAUAGCAGCAUCUCCUUCCAAUAAAUUAAAUGUUGAAGAACAAUGCUUUUAAAAGUUUCUCAAGUUCCCCUUAAACCUAUAAUAUUUCACUUCUAUAUCGCAUAAGCAGAGACAAAAAUUCUGUGUCAGACAUUUUUUGGAAGAUGUUGAGAAACUAAUGCUGGAUUCAAAUUAUACAUGAUGAAAAGAAAAAUAAACCAGAAAAAGGAGCAUGUAAA